AUGGGGUUUAUGCGAAAUCCGAACACGAGAAGCUCCGAUUACUUGGACGGAAUGUUGGGCGAUUACACAAACACUGCCGGAGGCGGAAAAUCGAGCAAGUCGAGACCACAAAAGAGCACGUCGGCUAAACUUGUGACCCUUCUCACUUGCCUACAGUUUGCCUUUGCGGUUUACGCCACUUUCUUGCUCUACUACAUGAGCCCUUCAAUCGAUUUGCGAACACCAAAGCCUGAUUUCGCUUGGGCCUCGAAAAUCGCACAACAAUGGAAGCAUUACAUUAUCCCGCCACAUAUUAUCAGCCGGUACCAAGAAUCCGCUUCUAAUUUAGUUCUCGAGCCGGAACUCCCCAUGAUCGCGGCUCCUACUGAAGUUUGUGAGCAUGAGAAGAUUGAAUUCGAACAGAAAAAGUCGAAUGAUGCACUUAUGAUCAAGAUCAAAAGGGAGCUUUAUGAUGAAGUGCUUAAUUUCCAAAGCAAGAACAUGGGUACCGAAUCGUUAACCGAGCUAAUGGCAAUGAAAUCGAAAUGGGAUUUGCAUGGGGCCGGAAACAUCCCAAAGGUUACCGUCAUUUUGAAUCACUUCAAGCGGAAAACGCUCUGCUCGCAGCUCGACUCGUUGCUACAUCAAACUCUUCCAUUUCACCAUGUUUGGGUGCUCUCAUUCGGAAGCCCAAAUGAGCUCGGCCUGAAACGAAUUGUCGAAAGCUACAACGACACGAGAAUAAGCUUCAUUAGUUCGAGUUAUGAUUUCAAGUAUUACGGAAGGUUUCAAAUGGCGUUGCAGACGGAAGCCGAUCUCGUGUACAUUCUGGACGACGACAUGAUCCCGGGAACCAAAAUGCUGGAGAUUUUGUCACACGUCGCCGGAACGGAGAAGUACAAGAAUUCGGUGUUGGGGAGUAUCGGGAGGAUUUUGCCGUUCCGGCAGAAGGAUUUUACGUUUCCGAGUUACCGGAAAUUCAGAUCGAAAGAAGCAGGGCUUUAUUUGCCUGACCCUGCAUAUGACAUCACGGUUGAUAAAAUUAUUCAGGUUGAUUUUCUUUCGAGCUCUUGGUUCCUUUCCGCAGAGCUCAUCAAAACUCUUUUUAUCGAGACUCCCUUCACCUUUAUGACGGGCGAAGAUCUACAUCUGAGCUAUCAACUUCAGAAGUAUAGAAAUGCAGGCUCAUUUGUGCUACCUGUCGACCCAAAAGAUAAGGAAACUUGGGGCGACAGUGAACAUAGACUUGCUUAUGUAUCUGAAACUACUGUUAUUUUCAAAGAUAUAGUUCAAGUCCGAGACGAUCAAUGGUGGCGAGCCAUGUCAACCGGCUACAUCACCCAAUGGGCUGCAAUGAACCCUCAAAAAAUCGACGCCCUUUUCUAUGCUCAUUCGAUAGAUGAAGUCAAAGCCUUAGCCCCACUCCUCGAGAAAUUCCGAUCAACCGUCGGGAAAAAAGCUUACAUUGCGGUAUCGGGAGGUGGGUUUUGUCCGUGUGAGGAAGCCGCUUCCACCUUGCAUUGGCCAAAGACGGUGUGUCUAGAGAGGAGAUUCAAGAUAUUCGAUUUGGGUGUAGGUGCAUUGUCGGGAAUUUCAAACUCGGAGGUACCUGUCGUGCAAGCGGUUUAUGCCAGUAUGAAAGGGUUGAUCAAGGUUCAUAAUCCGAGUGUCGUUAUCACCAUUGAUGAUAUCGAUCCGAAUGUGAGGAAAGCGUUGAAGAUGGCUACCGAAAGUAAUUUGAAUAGUUCGACUUUGGUUCAUUUGCCUAGACCAUCUAUUUCGAAGGUUCUUUGGAUGGCCGAUCUACGAUCCACAACAUUACCAAAUUGGAACCGGAUGACAAUCUCUGUAAAUAUUAUAACUCAAAACCGAGUCCACUCGCUAACGAGACUCCUCAGGUCGCUAAAGGACGCGUAUUACCUUGGGGAUGAGGUCCCAAUAAGCUUUAACAUGGAUAGUCGAGUCGAUAACUCAACUCUCAAGCUCGUAAAAUCCUUCGAGUGGCCUCAUGGUCCGAAAACCCUAAGGCGAAGAAUCAUUCAAGGAGGUCUUAUACGUGCCGUUAGCGAAAGCUGGUAUCCAUCGUCCGACGACGACUUUGGCCUACUUUUAGAAGACGAUAUCGAAGUCUCCCCUUACUACUACUUAUGGAUCAAAUACGCGCUUUUAGCGUAUCAUUACGACCCCCAAAUAUCGCUCCCCGAACUCGCAUCGAUCUCGUUAUACACACCACGAUUGGUUGAAGUUGUCAAAGAAAGACCCAAAUGGAAUGCCACAGAUUACUUCAAACAAAUCCAUCCAAACACACCUUACCUCCACCAACUUCCCUGCAGUUGGGGUGCAGUCUUUUUCCCUAAACAAUGGAGAGAGUUCUACGUUUAUAUGAACAUGAGAUUCACCGAAGAUCCGAAAAAGAACCCCGUCCAAAUCCCGAAAUCGAGAACGAACGGAUGGCAGGCUUCGUGGAAGAAGUUUUUGAUCGAUAUGAUGUAUCUUCGAGGGUAUGUGAGCUUGUAUCCAAAUUUUCCAAACCAGAUGAGCUUUUCGACGAACCAUAUGGAACCUGGGGCUCAUAUCAGUGCUAAAGAUAAUGUGGUCCGCCAUAACAAGACUGAUUUCGAGGUUCCAUUGUUGAAAGAUGAUUUCAGAAAUUAUCUGCCAAAUGGGAAGAUGCCAUCGGCUUCAAAGCUUCCAUCUUUGAAUCUGUUUAAUCAAGCUGUUUCAUUGAAGGGGUUAAAGUCAGCUGGAUCGAAAUUAAGACAAGAUGUGCUUAACUGUACUGUUACUGAGGUGGUGAUGGUUGAUCAUGAAACUGGUCUUCCUUCGCAUUGUGCAACGUUCUGAUCGUCGAUCACUUAUUAUA